AGCAGCAGCAUGGACAUUACCAUCCAGCACCCCUGGUUCAAGCGUGCUCUGGGACCCCUCAUUCCAAGCCGUUUGUUUGACCAGUUUUUUGGAGAGGGUCUCCUCGAGUAUGACCUCCUGCCUCUGUUCUCUUCCACUAUCAGCCCCUACUACAGGCAGUCCCUCUUCCGCAGCGUGCUGGAGUCAGGCAUUUCAGAGGUGAGGUCUGAUCGGGACAAGUUCACAAUCAUGCUGGAUGUAAAACACUUCUCUCCUGAAGAUUUGAGUGUGAAGAUUAUUGAUGACUUUGUGGAAAUCCAUGGCAAGCACAGUGAAAGGCAGGACGACCACGGCUACAUCUCGCGGGAAUUCCACCGCCGGUACCGCCUGCCCGCCAACGUGGACCAGGCUGCCAUCACCUGCUCGCUGUCCAACGAUGGCAUGCUGACCUUCUCGGGCCCCAAGGUCCCCUCCAACAUGGACGCCGGCCACAGCGAGAGGCCCAUCCCCGUGUCCCGGGAGGAGAAGCCCAGCUCGGCGCCCUCCUCCUGAGCCCAGCGGCCGCCGCGCUGGGCAGGCUGCCACCACCUGCAGGUCCUGCUCCCAGAGCCUUGGCGUAGAUAUCAGUGAAUGUCUAGAGGGGUUUCUUCUCUU